AUGGCGUCUAAAAAUGGUGUCGGAGAGACCUCCUCAACCGAAAUCAUCGUCGAAGCUCCUAAACUACCUGAUAAGUUCGCCGACGAAAGUUAUAAACUCUUUUCGCAAGUCAAGGUCGAACCACCUACCCCCGAGGAAGCGGCACGAAUCCGCAAGAAGAGCGUCCGAUGGAUAUUAUCAUUCCUAUGCGUGGGAUACCAUCUGAUGUAUGUCGAUAAACAAACGCUUGGAAGUUCAUCUAUUUUGGGUAUCCUCGAGGACGGCCACUUGAAUACAAACCAAUAUAACUGGUUAGCCUCGAUAUUCUAUCUUGGCUACCUAUUAGCCGAAUGGCCUCAAAACUGGGCGUUACAGCGAUUCCCAGUUGCAAAAUGGUUAGCCGGUAACCUCAUUGCUUGGGGUGCCAUAAUACUGUUACAUAUUCCAUGUAAUAACUUCGCAUCUCUGUUCGUCGUUCGCUUUGUGCUCGGAUUAGCAGAGGCUUGUAUUGUUCCAGCGUUCCUGUUGACAUUAUCCAUGUUCUUUACGUACGAUGAACAGGCAGUUUUAAUGCCUAUCAUGUGGGCUUCGGGCAAUUCGAGUCCCAUAACUUCAGGCUUACUAUCUUACGGGGUUCUGUUCAUUAAUACAGGCAGUUUCUCCUCUUGGAAGUGGUUCAUGGUCAUUACCGGAACCUUGACUAUUAUAUACGGCAUUUUUGUGUGGCUUUUCUUCCCCGAUAAUCCUAUGUCUGCCCAUUUCUUAACAUUAGAAGAGCGAGCGCAAGCCAUUCUUCGCAUUGCUUCAAAUCAUUCAGGAAUUGAGCAGAAGCGAUUCAAACGUCAUCAACUCAUCGAGGCACUGAAGGAUCCGAAGACGUGGCUCUUCUUCCUCCACUCGUGGUCUCAAGAAAUGGCCAACGGCUUGACCAGCCAGUAUUCGCUCAUCAUCAAAUCGUUCGGUUUUACCACACUCCAAACUACAUUAUUGGGCUGCGUCACUGGGCUCACAUCUUUGGUUUCGCUUGGCAUUGCGGCUUUCAUAUUAGCAAAGACACGUAAUAGUCGGGCAUGGAUCUCAGCUGCUGCGUAUAUCCCACCUAUUAUUUCCAGCGUACUGCUUAUUGCUCUUCCUUGGAGUAAUCGUUGGGGCCUCCUUUCGGCCAUCUGGAUUCGAUCAACCGGUGGAAUCCCUUACAGCGUGGUCAUGAUCUGGGCAGCUAACUGCUCUGCUGGACACACGAAGAAGACUGCGGUCAUCGCCCUCUACCACGUAGGAUAUGGACUUGGCAAUAUUUUAUCGCCGCAACUAUUCCAAGAGCAGUAUAAGCCCAGAUAUAUUGUUACUUGGUGGGUUAUCCUCUGGGUCGCUUGCGUACUACCCACAUUCAUCGUCUUAUACUUAAGAUGGUAUCUGGUAAAAGAGAACAAGAGGAGAGACUUACUCGCUCAGCAAGGGGCUAUCAGGGAGAUCGGUGUCAUUGAGCAUAUAGAUGAAGAUGGCGAACGACGGGAAGAAGUGGUUGAUGCUAGACAAUUAGAUUUGACUGAUCGGGAGAAUCUAGCCUUGUAA